CUUUCUACGUCCUCUUCGCCAAGUGUCAAGUCCCACUCUUCCUCACCCAGACUGAGCUCAGCCCCUUCCUACUUUCUGGAGGUUCGGGUUUAUCUGGGAGCCAGGAGGACGUUAUUCAGGAGCUGCGCGCCUCCAGGUGAACGAAGGCUCCCGUUGGACUGUUUGGGGGGGGGGGAGCGAGCCAGGACCGGCGACCGGGUUUGGACCUUUUUCCGCGAGCGACACCGCUGGGAGUCAUGACGACCUUCUCGGCUCUGUGCGUGCUCUUACUGUGCCAGCUUUUGACAACCUCCUCUGGCCAGAGGCCUGGCCUGCGAGGAGCCACCGGGGUGGCAGGGCCGCCAGGGCCCCCGGGACGGGACGGCAUUGAUGGUAAGUCCGGACCUCCUGGAAUGGCAGGGAAAGCAGGCCCCAAAGGAAAAGCAGGAAUUCCAGGAGUCGCAGGAAAACCAGGCUUGCCAGGACUUCCGGGGGUGGAUGGUCUGACAGGUCCUGAUGGUCCUCCUGGGAAGGAUGGACCUGCAGGGGAGGCAGGAGAAACAGGACCUCCUGGGCCACCUGGAGCUGCUGGCAGAGGAAGAUCAGGAGCUCCAGGUUUAUCCGGGACCAACGGGUUGCCUGGUGGAGUUGGACCUCAGGGUCCUGUGGGUGCUGAGGGUCUUCCAGGACUUCCGGGACCUGCUGGUCCUGAUGGGCCACCUGGUCUUCCUGGUACUCUUCAUGAUCUCAGUGGUGACCUCCUGUGUCCUGCCAUCUGCCCUCCUGGUCCUCCUGGUCCUCCGGGGAUUCCAGGAUUUAAGGGUCACACGGGCCAUAAAGGAGACAAGGGAGAAGUUGGGAAGGAUGGAGAGAAGGGGGAUCCUGGUCCUCCUGGUCCCCCAGGUUUUCCAGGGACAGUUGGCCUGCAGGGCCCACGCGGUCUAAGAGGUUUGCCGGGUCCUAUGGGAUCUGUGGGAGACAGAGGUCUUCCGGGAUUCAGAGGCAAACCUGGCAUCGCUGGCAUCAUCGGAAAGACAGGUGAUACUGGAGAAAGGGGUCCUCAGGGCUUCAGAGGUCCCAAAGGAGAAAUUGGUAAAAUUGGUCCAAAGGGAGCUGUUGGUGGUGCUGGGCCCAAAGGGGAGCCCGGAAUUCCUGGCAGAGAUGGCAAAGAUGGCACACCAGGAAUGGAUGGCGAGAAGGGUGAUGCUGGGCGCCAUGGGGUAGUUGGAGAAAAAGGACCCAAUGGACUUCCUGGUCUACAAGGAAAGGCUGGUGGCAAAGGAUCAAAAGGAGAAGCUGGUGAUCCAGGAAAGGCUGGGGAGACAGGACCCGCUGGAGAGCCAGGUAUUCCUGGUGACAUUGGCAUACCAGGAGAGAGAGGCAUAGCAGGACCCAGAGGAGUGGCUGGAGGCAUUGGACCUGCAGGCAACCCGGGACCUCAGGGGGUGAAUGGUUUCCAGGGCGUCAGAGGAACUUUGGGGGAUCCAGGUCUUCCAGGUCCAACAGGCAUUAGAGGAGAGUUUGGUGAAAGAGGGCCAGUUGGCGCUUCAGGAGCUAAAGGAGACAUGGGUGUAGCAGGAAGCGAUGGGUUACCUGGAGAGAAUGGAGAACCUGGCCAUUUUGGACCAGUUGGACAAAAAGGAGAGGGAGGGAAAAGAGGAGAACUGGGACCUAAAGGUGUCACAGGGCCACAGGGAGAACUUGGGGCAAGAGGGCCCCUUGGAAAACCAGGAUUAAUGGGCUUCCAGGGAGAACAGGGUAUUCCUGGCAUUGCUGGAAAGACAGGUGUACCUGGUAAACUAGCGAGUGAACAACACAUCAGAGAGUUGUGUGGCUCAAUGAUCGAUGAUCAAAUUGCACAACUGGCCGCCAAUCUUCGCAGACCUCUGGCACCGGGGACGGUCGGCCGACCCGGACCUGCCGGGCCUCCAGGACAGCCGGGAUCAGCCGGCUCCUUCGGUCACCCGGGUGCCCGUGGUCCUCCAGGAUACAGAGGCCUGCCAGGAGAACUUGGAGAUCCUGGUACCAGAGGUGACGUCGGUGAGCAAGGUGAUAAGGGGCCCAUCGGCAAAGCAAUUGAGGGCCCCCUUGGAGACCAAGGAUACCAAGGUCUUCCAGGAGUUGCAGGGAUUGUUAAAGAUGGCCGUGAUGGGUCUCCAGGAGAUCCAGGUGAGCCUGGAGAGCAUGGCAGGGUAGGUAGGACUGGGCAUCAAGGACCUCCUGGAAUCUGUGAUACAUCAGCCUGUCAGGGAGCAUCAGUUGCUGGGAAAUCAUCUAACCCUAAAAACUAUUAAACGUUGCUUCCUGCCACCUGUUGCCAUCCGAACUGACAACAAAAAAGUUGGGGAAAAGGGGAGGAAAGGAUGGAAUUAAAGACGCGGGUGGUCACAAAAUCUCCUCUUUAUUUGAAUAUGCAUAUCACAAGUUGGAAGGAAAACAUCAACACGUGUGACAUUUUGAGAGGAACAGAUGAACAUCUGAGAUGUGACAACAAUAACAACAAAGCAACUGGGAGUCCCAAAAAAAAAAAAAUCACGCUGUCAUCCAUAAAUAAGGUGGAUGCAUGGACAAAGUGCUAGAGAACAUCAGCAUUGCCUCCAAAUAUCAUCACUUAAGACUUUCAGGUUUUGAACAAGUGAAAAGAAAUGAAUGAUGAGUGCCCUGUGUAUAAAAACCUUGUACAUGUUGUCCUUGCCCCCAUUUCUAUGGUCUACUCUGACAACAGCAGUGAGCAUACGUGCAUUAUGGCCCAGUGAUGUAGAUCCCAGGUGUUACCUCGGCACACAAGCUUUUGCUGCAAAAUAUACAAACAGGAGCAUUGGGCCCUUGUCAAGCAGCAGUGUAUGUACAACAAGCAAGUGUUGAGCAAACAAGAUUACUUUUUUUUUUUUUCAUCAACUGUUUUGUUUUGUUAAUUUUGUUUCAUAACAUUUGAAGUUGAAUCUCUAGAAUCAAAUGCCAAAUAAAAGUUGUGGAUGAAGAAAUCAGACAUUGUAAAAUAAAUUCAGAACACUUAGGUGCAGUUCUUUUUCCUUUUUUGAGGUUGGAUUCUGCAAUGAUCACAUUCACUAUGUACUAGCGGUGCUGUAACUAUUACAUAAACAAUUAAACACUAUUUAU